GAGACCUACUCACUGCAAUCCGCCAUAUCAACUUGAUCGCUCACCGCGAUGAUCGUCGGAUUCUUGACCAGAACUUGGAUCACCAUUCAACGUAUCGCGCAAUAUCGACCCGGCGUCUAUCAGAAGAACCCUCAGUCUGCUACAGCAUCCGACUCUCUAGAUUCGUUUGUUAGAAGAUCACUAAAGCGGACCAGAGUGGUGGUAGUGGCCGUGUCGAGGUCCUUUCCCGAUCGGCACCCCAGCUCCAUAUGAAAAACACAGCAAUACCUCCGAAGCACAUUCCAGUCCGCAUUAACUUUCGGCAUAGGGUAGGAACGAGUGGCCUAACUCUACGGGUACAUCGAGCAGCAUGCAAAGUGCUUGUCUUCAGGUUGACUUACUGAUGGCACAGUCGCUGGGACCAAUCGCCGGAUUGUCACCUCCCAUCGAGGACCUUCAAGCAAUGAUCGCAGCGAUGUCAUCAGUACCGCUCCCAGAGCCACUCCUGCGCAACAUUCUCGAGGAAGACGAGCAGUGGUCAAGGGCGCCGGGCCUGCACGAGGGAGGAACAACGACUUUCACUAAAGGACGCUGACGUACCCACAAACUUCACAAAGC